AUGGGGUCUGUCAACACCCCGGCUAAUCCAAAGACGCGUGCGACCUCACACUGGGCCUGGCUACAUUCUCACCAGCCAUCACACAAUCAUAUCUCCCCUCAUACGUCGGGACGCACCCGGCCACGUAUGGGGUCUGUCAACACGCCGGCUAAUCCAAAGACGCGUGCGACCUCACACUGGGCCUGGCUACAUUCUCACCAGCCAUCACACAAUCAUAUCUCCCCUCAUACGUCGGGACGCACCCGGCCACGUAUGGGGUCUGUCAACACGCCGGCUAAUCCAAAGACGCGUGCGACCUCACACUGGGCCUGGCUACAUUCUCACCAGCCAUCACACAAUCAUAUCUCCCCUCAUACGUCGGGACGCACCCGGCCACGUAUGGGGUCUGUCAACACGCCGGCUAAUCCAAAGACGCGUGCAACCUCACACUGGGCCUGGCUACAUUCUCACCAGCCAUCAUACUAUCACUUGGGCCUGGCUACAUUCUCACCAGCUAUCUUACUGUCACUUGGGCCUGGCUACAUUCUCACCAGCCAUCAUACUGUCACUUGGGCCUGGCUACAUUCUCACCAGCCAUCAUAUUGUCACUUGGGCCUGGCUACAUUCUCACCAGCCAUCAUAUUGUCACUUGGGCCUGGCUACAUAAUCACAAUAUGGGGGGGUACGUGGGGUAGUGCGUAUAGCACUGUAAACUAA